AUGGAUUUCGUCGCACUUUUCUUGCUUGUGCUCACAGCGGGCGCCGUACCGCUGUCUCCUGCCGCCAGCCCCCUUGUCGACCUGAGCUACGAGCUGCACCAAGCUACCGUGAAUGUAACGGGCGGCUACUACAACUUCUCCAACAUCCGCUACGGCGCGAGCACUGCGGGCCGUCUGCGGUUUGCGCCCCCUCGGCCGCCGUCGCGGCCGCCAGGACCGCUGCGAGUGAACGACGGGCAGUCGGCCAAGGUCUGCCCCGGCGCGCUGCCGGCCUGGCUCGAUGUAGCCACGAGCUUUGCGGCCGGGCUGAACUACACGCCGGCCAACACCAGCACCGGCGCAGCUGACGUCGUCGACCCGCGCACGAGCGAAGACUGCCUGCUUCUCGACCUUGUGGUUCCCAGGGCCGUGUUUGACGACAAGCUGGGCGCCCCCGUGCUGGUCUGGAUCCACGGCGGCGGCUUCGUCAGCGGCGACAAGAGCGAGCAGGGCAACGGCGCCGGCCUGGUGGCGCGUUCAAUGGAGCAGGGCAACGCGGGAAUCAUCUACAUCGCCAUCAACUACCGGCUCGGUCUUUUUGGAUGGCUGGCCGGCACGGCAUUCGAGGAGCAGUCCGGGUCGCCCAAUGCCGGCCUGCUCGACCAGCGGCUCGCCUUGGAGUGGGUUCGGAAGCACGUUCAUUUGUUCGGCGGCGACCCCGGCCGUGUCACCGUCAUGGCCGAGUCGGCGGGCGCGGGCUCGACGGUGCUGCACAUGGCCAGCAGCGCAUCUGCUGCUGCUGGUCGUCGUCCGCCGCCGUUCCAGCAGGCCAUUGUGCAGAGCCCCUGGCUGCUCCCUCCGCCACCAAAGGCACAGCAGGACGCACUGUACGGCGCCGUGCUCCGUCUAGCCAACGCAACGACACUGCUCCAGCUGCGCAGCGCGUCCACGGCCACCCUCCAAGCAGCAAACAGAAUGCUCGUUUCCCACGCGCCGUACGGGACCUUCGUUUUCGGCCCCACCGUCGACCACGUGCUCGUAGAGGGCAGCCCCCCGGCUUCUUCCCUGCUCGCCGCAGCAGAAGCCUCUUCCAAAUUCCCCGUCCGCUUGAUGGUGGGCCACAACUCGGACGAAGGCAUCCUCUUCACCCCGCCGCAGGCCCUGGACGAGCGCGUCUUCGAGCCCUUGCUCGCCCAAGUCUUGCCCGCAGCCUCGCCCGCCACGCUAUCGCUGCUCGCCACCGAGCUCUACCCAGCCACGUACGGCGGCGGCCCGUCGCCGGCGUACUAUGCCAGCCCGCUGCGCCGCUACGCAACCGCCUACGCCGAGCUGGCCGUGACGUGCGCAGCGCGCCAGCUGCUACUACUACCGCCGGGCGCGCACCACCACUACGCCUAUGUGUGGAGCGUGCCGCCCGGCUGGCACUCACUCGACCAGGCCUACACCUUCUAUGACGACGGCGGCGCACCACUGGACGGCGCGCCGGCUGCUGCUGCCACUUCUCUGGCCGCGACCAUGCAGCGCUACUUUGUCAACUUCGCCUCUUCUGGCUUCCCCGAUCGUGGCCUGCCCGUGCCCGUCCCAUUCCCCGCGGCGGCGGCGGCGGCGGGCCCUGCGGUGGUGCUCAACUUCUCCACUACGGCCUUCGGUGUGGCACGGGAUCAUCAUGUCGAUGCGGAGAGGUGUCGGCGCUGGAUGGAUCUGAGCGAGGAGCUGUGGGCUGAUGCUUGA